AUGGAUCCUUCACAGAGGAAUCUCUACAAAGAUGUGAUGCUGGAGACCUUUAUGAACCUCACUGCUAUAGGCUACAACUGGGAAGAUCUUGAAGUUGAAGAACAUUGUCAAAAUUCUCGAAAACAUGGAAGGCAUAAAAGAAUACAUACUGGAGAGAAACCCUAUGAAUGUAAUCAGUGUUAUAAAUCCUUUGCUGAUCACAAUGCUCUUCAAAGGCAUAAAAGAACACAUACUGGAGAGAAACCCUAUGAAUGUAAUCAAUGUGGUAAAGCUUUUGCUCGUCACAGUACUCUUCAAUUGCAUGAAAGAACACAUACUGGAGAGAAACCCUAUGAAUGUAAUCAGUGUGGGAAAGCGUUUGCUCAUAGUAGUUAUCUUCAAGGGCAUGAAAGAACACAUACUGGAGAGAAACCAUAUCAAUGUAAUCAGUGUGGCAAAUCUUUUGCUUAUCACAGUAAUCUUUGA